UAGCGCAUUAUUUUGGCAUAUUUCUGGGGAAGUGCGCUUCGGUCACUCUUCACCAGCCGGCAUUUACCACAAAUAAAAUAAAAUAAGACAGAAUAAUGGCAGAUAAAAAGGUGGGCGGCAACAAUGACGGCAAGGAGAAGCGUCGCAAAGAGUCCAUUCUGGACCUCUCCAAGUACCUCGAGAAACAGAUCCGCGUGAAAUUCGCGGGCGGCCGCGAGGCAUCCGGAAUCCUGAAAGGCUACGAUGCGCUGCUAAAUCUGGUGCUGGACAACACGGUGGAGUAUCUGCGCGAUUCGGAUGAGCCCUACAAACUGACCGAGGAACAGACCCGCAGCCUGGGACUGGUCGUCUGUCGCGGCACAGCCCUGGUCCUCAUUUGUCCACAAGACGGAGUGGAGAGCAUCGCCAAUCCGUUUAUAACGCAAUAGUCGAGGCACUUGCGGCUGGGAUGCGGUCCAGGAUAUAGACUAAGUACAAAGCUCUUGGAAAUCGGUUUAAAUAUAUUAAGCGGAGACAUAUAAAUAAGUUCUUAAUAUCUAAUCAGGCCGCAAGAACCACGAUUUUAAGCCCGCGAAAGUGUUUAAGCUUCUCCAUAAUAUUCUGAUUGUUCCGAUUUUAAGUGUAUGCACUUUAUCCUUGUCAGGUAUGUUACGAAAUUAUCGACGGCUUUGCUUAUAAUGGGAUUUUGAAAGCUGAAUUGUCUAAAUAUACUUAAUCCAAUUGAUAAA